UCCGGUGGAAAAUAUCGUCGCACCAAGGACCGAGGGCGGAGACGAAGGGGAAGAGAGCAUUUUUCUUUAAACGAUGUCUGGAGGGAAACUCCUAAGCCUCCCCCGCUCCUUCCCGCGCCUUCCCGACUCUCGCACCCUCUCCUCUCCCUCCCUACUCCGACGCACUCUUCGGCCCCGAGAAUCGGAUUCCAUGAGCCAAACGUCGGAAUCAGACGUCGGAAUCUUCUGUUUUGCUUCUCCUCUGCCGGGAUUCCGUGGCGUCCUCAAGCAAAGAUAUUCUGACUUUAUCGUGAAUGAAGUGGAUACUAAUGGCGUGGUGGUUCAUUUAACGUGCUGCGAUGCCCCUUCUGAAAAUGCAGAUGUAAGCAACUGCAUUCCUAUAUUGGAAAAUGAGGAAAGCAAGCCAUGGAAUGGAUCUGACGUAUCCUUUGCUGCUGAAGUAGAUUCCUUUAAGUCUAUUGGUGGUGUUGCCGAUGCAGAAGCUCUGAAGAACUUUCUGGAUCAAAUUAAGUUAGGUGUAACAGAAAGUUUACCUCCCAUGCUACUGUCCCCUGAUCCUGACAAAUGCCAUAGAACAGCAGUUCAUAAUUUUUUUAAGAGCAACUUCAAAUUUCUUAUCACGGAUACAGUUGAAGGGCCAGACUCUCUUUCAAAAUGUGUUCGUGUGAGAUUUUAUGCAUCUAAACAGCAUGGGGGUGGGCGGAAUGCAAAAAAGCGAAAAAUGGCGAGUAGCGACAGUGUUGAAGGAGAAUCAUUCCAGCCUUUUGACAGCAGGGGUGCAAAAAAUUGGCCUGACAACAUUGGGAAGUUCCUGAGCUUCCAUCUUUACAAGGAGAACAAGAGCACUCAGGAGGCACUUUCAGUGAUAGGGAAAAUGCUAGGCGUCCAGCAAAGAUCAUUUGGUUUUGCUGGAACAAAAGAUAAGCGUGCUAUAACAACUCAAAAGGUUACCCUCUUCAAACAACGUGCGAAGAGAUUGGCUUCCCUCAAUGAUCGAUUAAUUGGGAUAAAAGUAGGAGAUUUCCGGUAUGUGGAAGAACCACUUGUUCUUGGGCAACUUUCAGGUAACCGCUUUAUUAUCACAUUGAGAGGAGUUGAAUCAGACUCUCUAGAAGUUAUAAAAGCAGCUGCUGAUGGCCUUGGAAGAAGUGGCUUUAUCAACUAUUUUGGGUUGCAGCGUUUUGGUAGUGGUUCAGUACCAACUCAUCUAAUUGGAGCAUCAUUGCUUCGUGGAGAGUGGAAAGCUGCCGUAGACUUGAUUCUUGAUCCAAGGGAUGGGGAGCGUGCUGUGGUUAAGGAGGCUCGUGAAUACUACAAAACCAGUGGUGAUGUGGAGGGCACAUUAAGGCGCUUGCCACGUCAUAUGGUUGCAGAAAGAGCAAUUCUCCAAGGCCUAAAGAAAUGCCCUGGGAACUAUCUGCAGGCACUAAAGACCAUUCCAAGGACUAUGAGAAUGAUGUAUGUUCAUAGUUACCAAAGUUACUUGUGGAACCAUGCAGCAAGUUUAAGGGUGCAGAAGCAUGGCUCUAGUAAACUUGUGGUUGGAGAUCUGGUGUACAGUAGAGAAAAUUGCUCAGAGAAAAUGAUAGAUGCUCCUGAGAUCGAAUAUGAAGAUGAAUUUUCUAAUGAUGAAUAUGCAUGCAAUGGUCUUGAUGAUGAUUCACAGACAGAAGUUCUUGCAGAUAAAAUUGAAUCUGUGAAGGUUCUAAAUGACAAGGAUUUGGAGUUUGGUGAUUAUUCGUUUGAGGAUGUUGUGCUUCCUUUGCCUGGUUCCAGGGUAAUUUAUCCAAUGAAUGACAUUGCAAGUGUUUAUCAUGAUUUAGCAGAAAAGGAUGGCAUAAGCUUAACUGAAGGUUCACACAAUGUUAAGGAAUUUUCCAUAACCAGCUUGACAGGAGGCUAUAGGCGAAUUUUCCAGAGGCCUGUUGAUUACCAAUGGGAAAUUGUCAAGUAUACUGAUCCAAAUAUAUCACUAUCUGAGACUGAUCUGGAUAUAAUUGGUAAAACAACUGCAAAUGGAGAUACACAUGUGACUUGUAUGAGUGUAGAAAAGACUGAGACUUCACCAUUGAAGGAGAAGGAGAUUGAGGGAAGUGAGGUAGUAAAUAUGGACAGAGAAAAUGAUGCUAAACAAGAGAACAAAGUAGUGGGAGAACAGGUUGACUCUACAGGUCUCAAGUUAUCUUUCACUUUACCUUCAUCGUGCUAUGCAACAAUGGCCAUAAGGGAGUUGCUGAAAAUAUCUACGUCGGUUGCUUUUCAUAAAACGUUGAAUGAAUAACAGGAAGGCUACACUCCUUAUUAUGACUGGCAAUGCUUAAGCAGAAUUUCGUGGAAGAUUGUACACGAAAGACACUUUGAAUCAUCAAUACAUCUCGAGAUUCAUAAAAUUUCAGACGUGAAAGAGUGUCUUUGUAUGUUGCAAGUGCCAAGCUGAAGCAGGACUUGGAAUAUGAAUCAGUUUUUAAGAUGGACCUAUUAUGUGGGUUUGGCAGCAUCUGCGUACCUGAAACAUCGAUAUCCUUUAUAAUAUUUUUAGAAGCACCUGUAGGUGAAUUUGCUCAUAAUAGAUAAUAAUGUUUCUUGCUGUAUGUAUUCAAGUUUCAUGACUUAGAUGAAAAUUUCCCACACAGAGAAGAUCCGUUCUAUUUAUUGAGCAACUUAGGCCUUUUGGUUUACUUCGUUCCUUCAGGAAAAGUACCUCAUUUUUCUAUGUCGGUUCUGGGGCAUUUGUUUCCUGUGUUGUGAGGGAGGUGGAAUCCAUAUAUAAUGUUUGUAGUGAUUGCAUUUUAAAUUUGAUUCACGUAUACA